AAUGUGCCCGCUUGCUUCCCUCCCUUCUCUAUCUUCACUUCCUGCAGAGGCAGACUGCUGUCUGUUCGGCUGGUAAACAUGGCUACUGCUGGAGCAGCUGGUGACGACCUGAGGAAAGAGCUCACAUGUGCAAUUUGUUUGGACUUCUUCAAAGACCCUGUUAUACUGAAAUGCGGGCACAAUUUCUGUCGGUUUUGCAUCUGCAUGCACUGGGAUGAAAAUGGCGGAGACUACGGAUAUCAGUGCCCUCAAUGCCGAGCGGUAUUCAACAAGAGGAGCGUCACUAAAAACUACCUGGUGCAGAACCUGGUAGCUAAACUGAACGAUUUGGAGUGUCUGGGUUCUUCCCCUGCACCCGCUCAACCCGUUAAAGUAGAAGGAAAGUGUGACCAACAUGGAGAGGAGCUGAAAUUGUACUGCCAGACUGAUAAAAGGCCCAUCUGUGUGGUCUGCAGGGAAUCUAGAGCACACAGACACCAUGAAGUAGCACCAGUGCCCGAAGUUGUGAAGGACAUGAAGAUGGAGUUGAAAUUGAGACUAAUGGAGCUCAACUGGCAGAAGUCUCAAUGUGUAAAAGUUAUAACUGCUGAUGAGCGCACCAGAAAUGAAGUGAGGUCGAAGAAACAAAGACUCAAGGAGAAGAUUGAGGCGGAUGUUGGUGCCUUGGUCCAAUUCUUGCUAGACGAGAGAGACUCCCUGCUUGAGAGCCUGGAUGCGGAGGAAGUGGCCUCCAUGGCCGUCAUAGACGAGAACUUGAAGAUUGUGGAGACCGAAGUGGCAGCUGUGGACAAAGCUAUUGCUGAUAUCCACAGCCACAUCAGUGGGAAAACUAGCUUUGAGAGCCUUGCUGAGACAUUCCAUGAAUACAUCCAUUGCAAGCCUUUCACAUCUCUGGACACGGUUAAUUGUCCGACUGAAUUUACACACUUCUCAGGGCCCUUCCAGCUCAUCAUGUGGAAGAAGAUGAUGCACGUGCUGCAUACCAUGCCUCAGAACCUCACCUUAGACCCAGACACGGCUCACCCAAACCUCCUUAUCUCAGACUUUGACACCAAAGUGGAGGAGGGCCGUGUUCGUAACCAGGAACCAGAUAUGCCAGCCCGCUUCACCAGGUUCUGUGGUGUCCUUGCCACAGCCCAGUAUGCCAGUGGACAGCACUACUGGGAAGUGGAUGUGAAGGACAAAGGUGUGUGGUACCUGGGAGUCACCACUGAGUGCAGCAAUAGAAAGGGCUUCGUUAGCCUCACUCCCUCCGCAGGAUACUGGAGCCUGUCUCUUCAGGACCGGCUGUAUGCCAACGGAGAGGACGGGCGCAUCCCUGUCGCAGACUACUGGAACUCUCCUCGGGUCGGUGUGUACCUGGACUAUGACAAUGGGCGUCUUAGUUUCUAUGACGCUGUCACAAUGAAGAGAUUGUACAUGUUUGACACAUGCUUUGAAGAGCCUGUUUAUCCUUUCUUCAGCCCAGGAAAGAAUGAUCCGGGCAGCAGGUUGCAGAUAUGCCACUAUUACUGAGAACAAUGUGAUAAGUGUUUAAAUCUAAAGGGUUAACUCUGUAUGGCAGUGUAUUCAGAUUUGCAAGGUUUUCUCUCACAGAUCAGUCCUGAGUGACACGGUGAUGUUGACCCUUUGCGCAAUGUACGAUAUGCAUUUGAGCUGUUACUUGUUGGUCUUACUGAUGUUAAAAA